GAGAUUUGCCAGAAAGAAACGCUCUACCGAUUGCCUAAAUCCUAGAAUUGCUGCAUAUAUACCCAGCUUGCUCUACGCGUAUUCUCCAGAAAUCUUCACUCUUUCCCACGCGACACAGCAACCCACCGUGACUAUGGGUGUAUACCGUGUCGAGGUGUCUCCUAACAACCGUGCUGGCUGCCAGGUCAAGGCAUGCAAAGACGAAGGCAAAAAGAUUACAAAGGGCGAGUUUCGCUUUGCCGUCCAAGUUACCAUUCAUGAGCAUGUCAGCUGGCAAUACCGCCAUUGGGGAUGCGUCACUCCUAAGCAGAUUGAGAAUCUAAAUGAGACGUGCGGAGGUGAUACAGACAUGGUCGAUGGCUACGAUGAACUACCAGACGAAUUUCAAGAAAAGAUCAAGUUUGCACUCGAGCAUAACCACAUUCCAGAUGAAGAUUGCACACGCGACCCUGAGCUCAACCGUCUCGGCGUCAAGAAGUCUAGAGCAAAGAAGCCCAAGAAGGGUGAUGAAGACGAUGCCUCUGAGGAGGAGAAGCCUAAGAAAAAGAAGUCCACCAAAGUCAAGGAAGAAGAUGAAGAAGACAAGCCCGUCCCAGCCCCCAAGAAGCGCGGCCGUCCCUCCAAGAAGCAAGCUGCAGAGGGUGAUGAAGAGGAAGAGAGUGUCCCGCCUGCGAAGAAAGCUCGCGCUAACGGCAAGAGCAAGAAGGUCGCAGAGCCCGCGAAUGAGAGUGAAGAGGAGGCACCGGCACCUAAGAAGGCCAGGGGCAGGAAGGCAGCACCUAAGAAGGAAGUAGUCGAAGAGCAGGAGGCCGAAACAGAGGAUGAAGCUCCACCGCUUAAGAAGGCUCGUAACAGGAAGCCUGCUGCUAAGAAAGCCGAGGCCGAAAAUGGCAGUGAGGUCGAAGAGGAGGCUCAAAAGCCUAAGAAAGUGCCGCAGAAGAGGGGCCGCAAGAAAGCUUCCGAGUAAGUCCGAGUUCUUCAGUGGAGACAUUCAUUUCUUUCAAUGAUGCGGUCGCGCUAGGCUAGGGUGGCGUUGUUGUGUAUCUCAUCGGGAUGCGUGUUCUUCAUCAUGCAAGAGAGAGAGAUACCCAAGUGUAAUUUAGUCUGGGGACAUGGACACAAGAUUAGGUAAUAAGCAAAUGAGGUAUCGUACACAUUUACUUGAAAAGAUAUCACAUUUCCAUUCAUCGAAUGUUUCUCGAUUAAGUAUCUAGUUAUCGUAUUGGGUCUAUUCUAAUCGUACCCCAUUUUCCCC